CUGAUUCGGUCCGCCUAGAAGUAAGCAUCGGGAACGCGUGUUAGACUACAUAAUAAAUGAGCCAUAGAAUAUCUGUUCAUUGAGCGAAUUCGUGCGACCCAAGUCUCAUCUCCGUGCUUAAUGGUCACGUGUUAGUGUGUAAUGAUUUGGUGCUGCGAAUAGAUUUAUGAUAAUAUUGUUUAGUUCUACGAGUGUACCGAUCAUCCAGCUGAGCCAUGUUGAAAAAAAAUUAUUCUUCUAGUUUGAAGAUGUCAAACAGUGACAGCGAGGGAGUCGUUUCGAAUGAGCCAAAACGAAGAGUGAGUAUAAUCACAGAUCCCGUAAUGGAGAGCAAAUUAGGACACGACAACUUCGGAUUCGACAUACACUCGAAACGGAAAAUAUCACAGCAAUCCCAUUAUUCAGAAGAAGGGCCAGUGAGGAGGAAAAGUAAUUUACAUAAUGCAAACAUGGACAGUACAGCAGUUAAUAGUUAUGAUCAGCGAGUCAACGGAGAUGUAAACAGGAGCAAAAAACACUCGUUCUCAGAAUCUUUCGCCAAAAUCAGUCAGGACCAUGAAAGUUCUCAGCAAAACGGAUAUUUAGAACAAUCUUGGAUUUACUCGCUCUGCAUGCGUUGUAGAGUCGAAUACAGUACACCAUCAUGGGAACCACCAGGAUGGCAAAAAGUGUGUCCUUAUCCUCUUUGCCCAUCAUAUCGGCAGUUCGCUAGAAUUAUAUCCAUAAUCUUAAUUGGUGUGCUAAUAUGGAUAACAGCAUAUGUCAUCAUAGGAGAUUCAGCAGCCCCGGGUGGUCAAUUAUUCCAGCUGGUGGUGUUAACAGUUGCGGCUAACUUUGGAGGAUUUUUGAUAUCAUUAACAACCCUGCCGCGAUUGAUUGGUAUGCUACUGGUCGGACUGCUAUUUCAGAAUGUUGGUUGGGUUAACCUUGAUGGAGAAUUCACGAAAGUGACUGCUGAGCUGCGAAAAUUCGCCCUAGUGAUUAUUUUAACCCGUGCUGGACUUGAAAUGGACCCUAAAGCUUUCAAAAAAGUAUACAUCACAAUCCUGAAGCUAGGACUCAUUCCCUGGUUGGUUGAAUUUGUAUUGAUCGGGGUGUUGACACACUUUUUCCUAGACCUUCCAUGGAUCUGGAGUAUGAUGUUAGGAUCCAUCAUAUCUUCCGUUUCUCCAGCCGUGGUUGUGCCAUGCUUAUUCAGACUGAGAACCAAAGGUUACGGUGUCGCCAAAGGAAUACCGACACUGAUCAUCGCCGUAGCUGGUAUUGACGAUGCAGCAUCGGUUGCUGUAUUCGGCAUAAUAACGAGUAUUAUGUUCACGUCACAAGGAUUGUCCUUCCAAAUAGCUCAAGCCCCAGUGUGUAUUAUCGGUGGUCUUGGUUUCGGGAUUCUGUGGGGAGCCUUAUGCAAGUAUAUCCCCGAAAAAGGUGAUGCUUAUGUGGUUCCUAUCCGUACACUGAUGCUGCUUGGAGGAGGCCUGCUGGCUGUAUUCGGUAGCGAAAAAAUUCAUUUCGAAGGAGCAGGACCCCUUGGUGUAGUUUUCGCUGCAUUUACUGCGUCUGCGUUUUGGUGCGGCGAUGGAUGGGAACUAGAAGAUAACCCAGUCGCAACUGCAUUCGAGAUUUUCUGGAUGAUAUUUGAACCAAUUCUUUUUGGAAUUACUGGCGCGUCUAUUAAGAUACGAGAACUAGAUCCUCACAUUGUAUCAAUUGGAGCCGGUUGUAUAUAUGUAUGUAUUAUAAUUCGAAUCGCGGUGACAGUCGGUAUAGCUUUCGGCGAUAAACUAAACAUGAAGGAAAAGAUAUUUGUUGCGAUUUCGUGGAUGUCUAAAGCAACUGUGCAAGCAGCGCUUGGGCCAGUUGCCCUCAAAGCUGUUACAUCGCAACAUCGAUCAGAAGAGGAGCUUCAUAUGGCAGAACUUGUGAAGAACUUUUGUAUUCUAAGCAUUAUACUAUCAGCACCUCUCGGAGCCAUACUCAUAUCAGUAAGCGGGACCAAGUUACUGAAAAAGACAAAACCAAUGCUGGAGCCACCAGAUGGCUGGCGAAGAAGUCAUCGCCCUUCAUUGCACGAUAUCAGUAUUAUUGACGAGGAAGAAGAACGUGAAGAUAUUGAGGGAAUUGCAGACGAGGAUACUGCUGCUAACACGUUGUCUAACGCACAAACAGCUUCUGUAUUUACAGUUACGAAGUAAAUCACGAUAUAUUGUUUAUUUAUUACUAUGUGGCCAUAAAUUAUACAUUACUUAUGAUAGUAUCUUAUUCCAUUUAAGGUUUUAGUAAUCUCCGGAAUUUGAAAAAAAAAACUGAUGCACAAGCACUAAUUAAAAUAAAACCAAUGCACACAAAUUCACCAAGCAGUCAUAGUACAAAUUCAUCAACACAGCCGCGCUAGGUACACAACAUAAUUCGCAUUGUAAAAAGUAGUACACUAAUAAAUUUUACACUUUUAA